GAUUGGCCGCCCCGCGCCCCGCCCCGCGUCCGCCCACCUGCAGAGUCGCCGCCGCCGGGCGCUGGGACCAAACGCUAACCAUGGAGCUGGGGCUCGCGGGCCGCCGGGCGCUCGUCACGGGGGCGGGCAAAGGCAUCGGGCGCGCCACUGUCCAGGCGCUGCACGCGGCGGGUGUGCAGGUGGUGGCGGUGAGCCGGACCCGGGCCGACUUGGACAGCCUGGUCCGCGAGUGCCCCGGGGUGGAACCCGUGUGUGUGGACCUGGGUGACUGGGAGGCCACAGAGCGGGCACUGAGCAGCCUGGGGCCGGUGGACCUGCUGGUGAACAACGCUGGCGUGGCGCUGCUGCAGCCCUUCCUGGAGGUCACGAAGGAGGCGUGUGACACGUCCUUCAACGUGAACCUGCGGGCUGUCAUCCAAGUGUCCCAGAUCGUGGCCAGGGGCUUAAUAGCUAGGGGAGCCCCGGGGUCCAUCGUGAACAUCUCCAGCCAGGCCUCACAGCGUGCAAUAACGAACCACAGCGUCUACUGCUCCACCAAGGGUGCCAUGGACAUGCUGACCAAGGCGAUGGCCCUGGAGCUCGGGCCACACAAGAUCCGCGUGAACGCGGUGAACCCCACGGUGGUGAUGACCCUCAUGGGCCAGGCCAAUUGGAGCAACCCCCAGAAGGCCAAGACCAUGCUGGAUCGAAUCCCACUUGGCAAGUUUGCUGAGGUGGAGAACGUGGUGGACGCCAUCCUUUUCCUGCUGAGUGACCGGAGCGGCAUGACCACGGGUUCCGCUGUGCCGGUGGACGGGGGCUUCCUGGCUACCUGAGUCUCUGACAUGCCCCAGCCUCAUGCUGAGCGCACGGACGUACCCCCGUCUCUCCAAUAAACACGAUUCUUCUGUCUA